AACUGACCCUAUAAAAGGGAGUGUUUUAACUCCCAGUGCCUGAGAAGGGAAAGCACAAGACAUUUCAGUAUACUACGGAUACCUCAUUGCAAAUAUGGUAACCUCUUACCCUGUUCCAGAGGGAUUCACAGAGAUUGAGGUAUUUGGCAUUGGUACAACGUUACUGGUCGAAGCUCUUCUUGGAUUCCUGUUGAACGGUCUGACAAUUCUUUCUUUCUACAAAGUCCGAGAGCUCAGAACGCCCAGUAAUUUGUUGAUUAUAAGCCUGGCAGUGGCAGACAUCGCCCUAUCUAUUAAUGCUUUCGUUGCUGCCUUUUCCAGUUUUUUGAGAUACUGGCCUUAUGGCUCUGAAGGUUGUCAGAUUCAUGGAUUUCAGGGAUUCGUGGCUGCUCUGUCCAGUAUUAGCUCAUGUGCCGCGAUAGCCUGGGAUCGGUAUCACCAAUAUUGUACACGAAGCAAGUUGCACUGGAGCACAGCAAUCUCAGUCAUUAUGUUCCUCUGGGGAUUUUCAGCCUUUUGGUCUGUCAUGCCAUUGCUUGGUUGGGGGGAAUAUGAUUAUGAACCGUUAAGAACCUGCUGCACAUUGGACUACUCAAAAGCAGACCGAAAUUUCAUCUCAUUCCUCUUCCCGCUGGCUUUUUUUGAAUACCUAAUUCCACUGUUCAUUAUUAUGACCGCUUACCAGUCGAUACAUCAGAAGAUGAAGAAAAGUGGACAGUUUAAGUUUAACACAGGAUUACCCAUGAAGGCAUUGGCUAUCUGCUGGGGUCCAUAUUCUUUGCUGUGUUUUUAUGCUAUAAUUCAAGAUGCAACUAUCCUCUCUCCAAAACUGCGCAUGAUGCCAGCUGUUUUAGCCAAGAUUUCGCCUGCAGUGAAUGCUUACAUCUAUGGGCUUGGAAAUGAGAAUUAUCGGGCAGGAAUAUGGCAGUUCCUCACCGGACAAAAGGUUGAGAGAACAGAAACAGAUAACAAAUCAAAUUAAAGUUCUCUCACUCUGUCUCGAAAUUGCUUUCUUUUAGCACUGUGAAAAUUGUAAUUUUACAUCAUUUGUGUUUCUGUGAAUGACAGGUAUACGUGUUUGGAUACUUGAUAUGCCAAUAAAUGCAUUGUUUGACUUUU